AUGUCAAUUCCGAAUGAGGCACUCCAGAAGCUCGUGCAGGAAAUAGAAUCGCAGGCUGUUGCAGCUCAACAGCAGAUCAACGUCGUCAGGACUCAGAUAACCACGAAGCAGCGGGAAAUGCGCCUACUAGAGCUUACGUCCGGGGAGAUUGGCCAAGUCCCCAACGGCACCAACGUGUACGAAGGCGUAGGGAAAAUGUUCGUUGCCACGCCGAUAGAUAGAGUGAACACACGACUAUCAAAGGAAACGAAAGAACUAAAAACAGAGGUUGCAACUCUUGAAAAGAGGCUACAUUAUCUGGAGACAACGCAUAAAAAUAGUCGUGAACAUAUAGAACAGAUGCUACGGAGUGGCGGGAGAUCGUAA